AUGUCUGCUCUCUCUGAUAUGCCGACACCCUCAGAGAUGCCAACUGAUGAGAUUCAACGCCCUUUCCCUUCCGGCGCCGGUAGGAAGAAUGUGCGCCCCUUCACGGCUGUUGACAAUCCCACUGAUUCACCCUCCUACAGCUUGUCUCCGUCGCCAGUCCAAGAUUGGACGGUUCAGAAUGUCAGCCUUGAACCUACCGAUCAACCUCAGUAUGCCGCGAGGAGUCGAGGACCCUGUCGAAGUGGAAUCAGGAGCGUCGGUGCACCCACAGCAGCACCUACCGUUGCAGCGGUUCCAACAGAACAUGCAAGGGCACCCCCCGCAGCAAGCACCGACAGUAGUGACUUGAGGCACUUGGACUCGUUGUUGAUGGAGAAUGGUGGUAUGGAGAAAGAAUUCAGCAACCAGGGCAGGGAUUGGAUGCCCGACGACUUUGCCCAUCCCACCUCCCAUCCACACCCAAACCCAGACGCACACUCGGAGAUGUCUCCCAAGAAGAGGCGUGUCGAGCGCCCUGUGCACGAUGAUGUCAAUGACUUACACUUUGCCAUGCCGGUAGGCUUGCCUCCCAUGGAACUUGACUUUGAACACACCCAUGUCGACGACAAUGUCGCCUUUGAACAAGAUUUUGUUUACGAACAUGAGAUGCACAACAUGCAUCCAGAUCUGGCAUUUAGUUACGCAGAGGAAGAGGAGAUGCAUGUCCCCAUGCCUCCACUGCCUCGAGCGCAUCAUCGGAUGUACCCGCGACCACAUCCUCACGCGCUUCCGCAUCCACAUCCCCACCCUACGAUGAUGCCCCAGAGAAGCCCCAUGCCACGUAGACAUGUCAUGAUGCAUGUACCCCAUCCGCAUGCGCAAGAGUACAUUCAUGAAAUGGACGUGUAUCCUCCUCUUGAUCAUGAAGCCGUUCCCGUUACGGCUCCCUCCUCAAGAAGCCCUAUAGCAUCGCCAAGCUCGAGCCCUGCGCAGAUGCAGGGUAGACGCAUUGUUGGCCCUGCAAUGUUGCGCAACCCGGUUCGUCGCCAGGGCUACAGACCCAGAUACAUGAACGGUUACGUCUCUGGGGUGCCGGUUCCAAUGGGAGGUGGUCGUGCCUACUACAGGCGUGGCUAUGCCCGCCAUCAGCCCUAUCCGCGAUUUGUGAACCCCGCUAAUUUGCCUUCUCCGCGUGUCCGCAAGGCAUAUCACCUUGGUCCAAUGGUGCCACCGCUAGAACGGCGGGGAAGCGUAGGGGCUCCUGGGCCCUACUUUCUAUCGACGCCAGAAGAAGAUCCAUUUUGGGCUCAACAUGGAUUCUUCGCUCCUGAAGAACCGACCUCGCCCCAAGCUGAUCACGUUGCAGAGGACCGAUCACCGACGUCGGUAGCGGCUCUCGACAGGCCUCUGCAAGACACCCCUGCAGCUGGCAGACCUUCAGAGAUGAAGAGAAUGAGUCUCCCCACCACGUUGAAACUGUCCAGCCCUCAGGCUCCCCCCAAGGCAACCCAAGACGAUGACCAAGACAAGAAACCGAGUGCCCUCAAGGCCCCUCCUCCUCCUGUUGAGGAGCGAAAAGAAGAAGAGGAAGGAUUGGAGGUAUUGCACUUUCGAACUCGAGAUCCAAUGUCGCUUGCUAUUCCGGAGGACUCCAACUGGUUGUCUGAGUUCCAGUCCUAUGUUCGUCUCGAGUUCCUAGAGAUCUUCCGAGCAAGUCAAGAAGAUGUCAAGUUCCGAAACACGAGUCGAAAGGUCGCGUAUAAGCAGCUCGGAAUUCGAUGUCGUUUUUGUGCUCAUGUGCACCCGGGAUCAAGGGCGAGAAGAUCUUCAGCUUACCCUUCUUCCACUGCUCAAAUUUACCAGAGCUUCAACAUGAUGAUUCGAGAUCAUUUCAGUCGUUGUGAGGCUGUUCCGAAGGAAAAGAUGGACAUAUUCCACAAGCUGAAGGGUAGGAACAACCAAGGUGCUGCGGAUUCCAAGCACUUCUGGAGUUAUGCAGCCGAAAAGAUGGGGAUGGUCGACUCCAAGGAUGGCAUCCACAUGAACGAUGCCACACAGCUGGCUUCGGUGGCCAAACCACCCUUUUCGGCCACAAAUGCGACACUGGCGGCUUCAAGAAGCCCUCCUAUCCUUUUGGUAUUUCCAGAAGACAAGUCUUUCAUAUCUCCCUUCUUGUUUGAGCUGCUCUCCAGGGUUCAGAGGGUACAUCUACUGGACAUUGAAUGCAGAAGUACCAGGAAAAACCUCAAGGUUGGACUUCCUGGUUUUGGUUGCCGCUACUGUUGCGAGGCUGGUCGUUUGGGUUUCAGCAGGAUAUUUCCCACCAAGCGUAAAGGACUGCCAGAGAAGGCGAAUGACAUGUACGAGCACUUCCGACGUUGCACCCUUUGUCCACCGGAAGUGAAAGAUCGGCUUCAAAGUCUUCGUCCGAAACAGAAUGCAGUUUGCACGUCAACAGAGAAGGUUUUCUUUGACCGUGUAUGGACACGACUGAAUGACGGUGACCAGCCAUUGUAG